CUCACCUGCUGUGGGAGAAGUUUUAGCAGAAUACAUCAGUAUUUUUUAAAAACAUUUUCAUCACCGAGUCAGAGUUGAUCCUUCACACACACAUACACAACAUAAUGUCGAACAUUAAACUACUGAAUGACUUGAAUCAGGACUGGACAAAAAAUAGUUAACCUGCCUUUAAAUGACAUCUUCUACUAGAGUGCGUUGGUGUCUUGCUCAAGGACACUUUGGCUGGUCACAUGACUGUUGCUGAUACAUCUCCUGCAAAAACUGCCAUCUUAAUAGUUAUUUAGAUGGUUUUAGGGGAUAUGUUAACUCAUCAGGAAGCCUGAGGUAGAGUUUUAUGGGAGCAAUGGUAAUUCGGAAAAAAUAAAAUGAAAGUGGGAAUAAAUAUGUGGAGAAUAUAUUUGCUUCUACUAUAGAUUUCUGCAUCAAUUCGCAGUCUGGUCAUUGUCUCCCCCCCCUGCUGUUGUUCACAGCUCAGAAUACAUUAAGCAGCUUGACAGACGUUUCUCCUGUAAGCAAGUGAACGUAUCAGAUGAUAAGGUGGACUAAAGCCUAUAAAUACGGCUGUCUGAGUGUCCGGUGAGUUUAAACUCCGCUGCGCCACCUGAGGAUCUCUGCCACCGUCCUUCCUCCUGCCUUCGACUGUUCUUAUGUGGAGAUCAGCACUAUCAGAAGACUCAUUUUCACGAUCUUUCGUGGAUGAAUCAAUCGCGUCCUCGAUCUGUUAAUACAAUGUCUUUCUGUGCGUAAAAUGCCGCGCUUAGUGCGUCCUGGCGCGGACGUUUCCUUGGAAAAUGUGCGGUGUCAGUCGCGUUUCCUUCACGCCCCGCUGCUGUGGAUCGGUGCUGAGCAGGAGUGGCAUCUCGGCGACAAAAUCUGGAUGAAAGAGCGUCCUUUAGAGCUCAGGCAUGCAUCGAGUAGUGAGAUCAUUGGCGUUAUAAAUAUCCCCGUGCCAGCAGAACAACUCCAGCUACUGCAGCCGGGGUAAUGCCCAGGAGCGCUGCAUGUAGGGACUCCACACGUGUGUGCGCACGGUUUCUGGUGCCCAGACCUCAGGAGCGACACCAAAAUGCUAGAAGUGGCCUAGCGAGUGUCUCCUUUGUGGAAGAAUGAAUGUUCCUCUUUACCUUCUGACCUUCGCUCACUUGAUUCUCGCCGCCGCCGGAGCACAGCACGUCUCUUUGGAGCGCCAACUUCUGGAGGAAGGGAUCAGUUCGGGACGCAGGACUUGCAGGCUCUACUGUAGGGUUGGCAUCGGUUUCCAUCUCCAGAUUCAUCCCGACGGCAGAGUCAACGGCAGCCAUGAGCCCAACCAGCUGAGUGUCCUGGAGCUCUUUGCGGUUUCUCAGGGGGUCAUAGGCAUCAAAGGGGUCUACAGUAACAGAUUCCUGGCCAUGAAUAAAAGAGGACGGCUCCACGCCACCGAAUUGUUUACAGAUGACUGUAAGUUCAGGGAGCGUUUCCAGGAGAACAGCUACAACACCUACGCCUCAGUAAUCCACAGGAACCACAGGACUGGUCGCGAGUGGUUCGUGGCCCUCAACAAGAGAGGGAAAGCUAAGAUGGGCUCCAGCCCGCGGGUCAAAUCUCAGCAUGUCUCCACCCACUUUUUGCCCAGGGUCAGCCUGCACGACAAGGGCGAGCGCGGCUUCACCAUCACAGACAGGAGCAAAGAGAGGCGGAAAACCCCGCCGCCGCCGCCUCCCAAACCUCCCCUGGUGAAAGCUAACGUCCAUGCGGGCACAGUGCCGAGACGUACACAAGUCAAGUACUGGCCCAAGUACCGGUUUGGGUAGAUGUCACAGAGUUUGGCUCUAUGUGGGGGAUACGUGGUUCAUAGACGUUGCACAUAUAAGUAACUGACCUGCCCAAAGAACAGACAGGUCAUUUAUCACCUUCAAAGCAUUCCGGGUAUCUAUGACUUUUGUGAAAAACCUCAAAGGGCUGCCAGACCCAACUACGGAGCUUUUCUUUGUUGAAGCUAUGAUCAUGGUUAGAAGUUGUCUUUUCCACUUGAACUGAUGAUGCUUCAUUUUAUGUUGUCAUCCAUGUACAUGGUGAACUUCAGCAGAGACCCAGUUUGAUUAAAAAAUCUCUGAGAUGCUGUAUGUAUGCUAUAAUGAGAUGCUGUUAAAGCUGAAAUCCAUAACUUCCUGCAUGUUGUCGGUCAGAUACUGAAAAGAGUUUUUGAUUAUACAACAACGAUACAGUAGAAGAGUUAUCCAUGUUUUGCUAUCCAGCUAGCUGACUGAAAAUGUCCUCAAUCAACCAGGUAACAUCCUCUAUUUUUCUUUUUGUUUGUUUGCUAAGAGACUGUACCAACAUUAUUAGGGGGUCCAGAAAAAGUGAGAGUUAAGUAUUUAUAUUAUAUUUUAAGGUAGUCUGAAUUUUUUGGUGAGCAGGGGAGUCUUUCUUUUACCCUAGAUUUAAAGUUUGUUUCCACACUGAGAUUUAUUGUUAAAAAAAAGAACAAAAAAAACAUAAUGUGUUUUCUCAUAAGCACAAAACAACAAUCUCUGUAUCGCAGCUUUAUGCUCCUCAUCACUAUCUACUAAUAGCUAACACAGGACCAGCAGAUCUUUAUAAUUAUUAUUCAUUGAACAUUAUUUCUAGCAAAGAAUGGAUAUUUUCUUUACUAACAAUGGAUCCCACUUGUUCUUUAGAUUUAGCAGUUCCAACCCCCCCUCCCUCCCCACCCCAGUACCUUUUGUACAAUCCCUAAAGUGACACACCAGAUAGAACAGAACGAGGCAGAUUUUAAUAUACAAAAGUUAUUUCAGAGUUUGUUUUGUUGUAUGGUACAACUCUAAUUUGAACAGAAUUUAUUAAUAGAUUUUAUUUCAAAAUGUGUUUUAUAGCAAACAACCAAUAAACAAGUUUAAAGCUGAAUGAGAUGAUUUAAACAAUAGCUACAAUACAUGUAUUUGAUACAUCUAAAAUGAGGAGGGAAGUUAAAAAUGAAAAAUAAUUAUCGCAAACUUUAAUUUUAGUGAGUUUGAACUCAGAGCAAUGGGAUUCAGGACAACACAUCAGCAGUACACUCCACCAUGUACCAUAUAGGUGGUAAAAAAAAAUAGGAUAUUGAACCAAAAAAAAAGUUGUGGAUUUCAGCUUCCAACAGUAAAAUAUAACUGUUAUAACAUGUCUGCUCUCCCUGAUGUUUAAACUAUAAAUGAUGUGAUAAAUUUGACUGUGAGACAUAUUUCACAGCCACUUUGGAGACACUCAAACCUGGCUGCUUGGAAAUUGCUUUAAACAUGUCUCCUGCCUAAACAUAAGAACCGACCAACUGUCCCUUUCCCUAACACCAGAUUUGUGAUAAUCAACAUGAAAACGAGGACUGGCUCUCUGGAGAGAGACCCCCCCCCCUCCUCCUCCCAGACAGCUGUGAGGGAUCAAGGAGAAAACUGUCCAUCAAAACUAUCAUUUUAGCCACCGGCUGUCCCCCCGAAAAAUCCAGAGUCACGACCUCACAGCAUUCCACCCAGGAGGAGCGCACACCGCCGUCACCGCAGGGAUAAAGAUGCCAAGAAAGAGCGGACCCGUGUUUUGGGGAAGGUUCAAGCUGUAGGUGUAUCAGAUGGCAAACAGCCGUGGAAUGGCCGUGUAGGAAAAUACAGAGAUCUCUGGGGAGGAAGGCAGGGUUUGGCUGUGAAGAACACAGCUUGACUUACCCAAGAGCCUGAACUAUAAAUUCAAUGCUGUCUUUAAUUUAAUGGUUUGAAAUACUUGAGCUUGGGGUACAUUUUGCAAAACCGUACAGGGAAAAAUCAAAUGAACGAUCAACAUUGUGCCACAACUUUACUUUGGCCUUAUUCCUCUGUCAGAACCUGAAUAUUAACCAAUUUAAAAUGCUCCAAAUACAUUAUGUCACAAUGUAUGUUCUAUAUAUUCUGACAACUGAGAUGACCAUCUCAAAUAUUCGUGUCAUAUUAAUAAGCAUAAAACAACAAAGUGCAAGUACAAAAACAUCUGUACACACUGUAUUCCCAUUAAAUUGUUAGGAAUAUGGUUUGCAAAUAGUACAAAUUCAUGAAUAAAACAAGCAACCAGAAAUCACUCGACACCAAUGCUGCUAAAUCUAAAUAUGUUACGGUGAAAACAUAUUUUAAUAGAUUCAAAAAUGCUUAAUCUUCAUCUGGAACCAAAUCUGCCUAUAAAUAUACAAAGAGAUGGACAAUAAUGAGAUAUAAGCUCCAUAUUUUUCGCUACAAGGUCUGUAUUUAAUGAGAAAAUGUUCAAAUUUCCUUUCUUACAAAGCUAAAAACAAUUUAAAAAUGUAUGGAUGUUUAUCUAAUCACAUCUCCCUUGGCCCAUGGUAUAACUUUCUACCAAUUUUUAAUUUUAGCAAUGGACAGUAUCAGAGAAAUUAUAAAUUUUUUGAACAUUAACGCAUGUAAACAUUUUCUCAUCAGCCCUCAAAAUAAAAAUUUGAACCUGGAAAUGUGCAUAAUAUGCCCCCUUUAAGAAGUUUUUGAUGUAUUAUGUAAACUAUCAAACAGGUAACUGAACAAAAAAAAUAACCACGCAACAAACAAACAAACACUCCUACAAAGUGAAAUAAGUAAUAACUUGAAAGUGUGAAAUGUUUUCAUGAUAAGGUUAAUACUCAGGUUAAUACAGCGGAAUAGAGUCACUGUGGCCAAGUGUUGCUCAGUGUUUUAGUCUUUAUGCAGACAUACAGUGUUCAGCCAGAACAUGUACUGUAGCAAACUAAUGAACCAUCUUUCAUGCUGUAUUUCUUUGCCCUUAUAAACUGUAGAUAUCUUGAUGCUGUUUGUUUUUCAUGAUUUUCUGUGUUGUCAUUAUGUUGUGCGGUCCUCAUACACAUCCCAAAGAAAUAUUUUUUGUACCAAAUUGUUUUUAUAAAAACUUAUGUAUGAAUAAGAGUUUUUAUGUAAUAUGAAUAUUACAAAUAAAUAUAUCAAUUGAUA